AUGGGUUGCGGAAUGAGCACAGAGGAGAAAGAGGGAAAGGCGAGGAACGAGGAGAUCGAAAACCAACUGAAGAGAGAUAAAAUGUUGCAACGAAAUGAAAUCAAAAUGCUUCUUCUUGGAGCUGGUGAAUCUGGAAAGUCUACUAUCCUGAAACAGAUGAAGCUUAUCCAUGAGGGAGGUUACUCACGCGACGAGAGAGAAUCAUUUAAGGAAAUUAUCUUCAGUAACACGGUCCAAUCGAUGCGUGUUAUCCUUGAGGCCAUGGAGUCCUUAGAGUUACCUCUUGAUGAUCAAAGAGCCGAAUAUCAUGUUCAAACGAUUUUCAUGCAACCACAACAAAUUGAAGGAGACAACUUACCACCCGAGGUUGGAAGUGCCAUUGCAGCUUUAUGGAAGGAUGCAGGUGUGCAAGAUUGUUUCAAGCGAUCCAGAGAAUAUCAACUGAAUGAUUCUGCUAGAUAUUACUUUGAUAACAUCGAGAGAAUUGCUCAGCAUGAUUAUAUGCCAAAUGAUCAAGAUGUCCUUCGCUCCCGUGUCAAGACUACUGGUAUUACAGAGACCACUUUCAUCAUUGGAGAUUUAACCUACCGAAUGUUCGAUGUUGGAGGACAACGUUCGGAGCGAAAGAAAUGGAUCCACUGUUUCGAGAAUGUCACCACAAUCCUCUUUUUGGUGGCCAUUUCCGAGUAUGACCAACUGCUUUUUGAGGAUGAAACUGUCAACCGUAUGCAAGAAGCCCUUACACUUUUUGACUCGAUUUGCAAUUCCAGAUGGUUUAUCAAGACUUCCAUCAUUCUGUUCUUGAAUAAGAUCGAUAGAUUCAAGGAGAAGCUUCCCGUCAGCCCUAUGAAGAACUACUUCCCCGAUUACGAAGGUGGUGAUGACUAUGCUCUCGCAUGUGACUACAUCCUGAACCGAUUCGUCAGUCUCAAUCAGCACGAGACGAAACAGAUUUAUACACAUUUCACUUGUGCCACUGAUACUACUCAAAUCAGAUUCGUCAUGGCAGCUGUCAAUGACAUCAUCAUACAAGAGAACCUCCGUCUGUGUGGUCUGAUAUAA